AUGAUGCUUUCAGUGCAUGGAUUCCAACUAGAAACAAGGUGUACACAAAAUGUCCGUGUUGCUGCUGAAUCUUGUCUUGUCUUGUUUCUCAACAUACUCCACUUAUUUGAAGAAUAUUGUUACUGUUGGCAUGUUGUUGUGGAUGAAAGCGGUCUGGAAUAUUUUAGAGCGGCUUUUGUUGGAGUCGCUUUAUCGACGACCACUACACUGCUAUGCAUUUUGUACGUGCCUUUGCUUUACAACUAUAUGCAGCAAAUGCAUACGGUUCUACAGAACGAGAUCACUUUCUGCAAAAUGCGAUCAGGGAAUAUAUGGAAAGAAAUCGCUCUCACACAGGCAUCGAAUAAUGUCAUCUCUAUGCUCAAGAUUCUCACUCAAAAUGGAUAUACUUCUUUGGCUGUUCGACCACGUCGCCAAGCUGGUUAUAAGUUCGACGCUGAUAGACAUGGCGUUGAAUUGUAUUCACCAGCUUCAAAUUGUUGUGGAUGUGGAGCAAGCUCUACAGGUCCUCCCGGUUUGCCAGGCCCUGAUGGUAGCGAUGGACAGAAUGGUCUUGCUGGAAGUCCUGGUAGAGAUGGUCCUGAUGCGCCACCUCCUGUACCGCAAAAAGAGCAAGAAUGGUGCUUCGAAUGUGAGGAUGCACUUGCUGGGCCACCUGGUAGUCCUGGCCCCAAAGGAAUGCCAGGUGCGCCUGGAGCGAUUGGCAAAACAGGUCUGACUGGCAAGCGGGGGCCUCCAGGACCCAUUGGUUUACUUGGUUCGCGUGGUAUACCAGGACGAAAAGGACAUGCAGGGGCGCCUGGCGCUCCAGGAAAACUUUAUGAAGUACUGGGUCCAAAUGGACUGCCAGGUCUUCCAGGAGCGGCCGGACCACCUGGUGAUGAAGGCAAACCAGGAAAGAAAGGUGAAAGCGGAGUUGACGGUUCUCCCGGUGACGCUGGUGAUCGUGGUGCAAAUGCAGCGCCAGGUAAAUCGGGUAAACCUGGUCGAAAGGGGCCUGAUGGUAUUCCUGGUCCUCCUGGCAGAUGCGAUCACUGCCCACCACCACGAACUGCACCUGGGUACUAG